AUGUUUAAAGCAAUAUAUCAUAAAGCCCCACAAGAUGAAAUUCAAGCCAUGUUUACCAAAUUUGAGACCAAAGGACUUUCUAAAUUUUGGAUUUAUAAUAAUUGGGAAGUAUUCAUUUCAAAAUAUGAAUAUGCAAAAGAUUUCUUAUCGGAAUCAGCUGAGGCGCUACCAAAAUGGUCGCUUCCUGACAAGCACCCAACAAGAAAAUUUUUGGGUGAUGGUUUAUCUUUUUCUAACGGACAAAAAUGGAUUACGCAUAGAAGGAUAGCAAAUCCUGCAUUUAACCGUGCACUUUCCCCAGAAGUUGUUGGGAAAAUAACAAUUGAUUUGAUAAAUUUACUUGAUAAAAUAGUUGACCAACCAUUUGAUAUCUUUAAAGUAAUGCAAAGAACCACCAUACAAGUUUUAGGAAAAGUUGCAUUUAAUUAUGAUUUCAAGUGUUUGGAAAAUUUAGAAGCUCAACAUGAGGUGAUUGAGACUUAUGUUAAAAUUAUAGAUUUUCUUGGUGAUCCACUUCUUUAUGUUGUACCAUGGUUACAUAAAUUUCAAAGAAAAUCAAAAGCUGAAUUUGAAAAUGAUUUAGAAAUGUUUAAUUACAAUAUGCUCAAAAUCAUUCAAAAUAGAAGAGAAGAGAUUAAAAAAUCAAAACUUUCUAAUAAUGAUGAUAAUGAUAAAGAUUCAACAUUAAGAAAUGAUUUGUUAUAUGGGAUGAUUGAAGCUGCCAAUGAAGAAAAUUAUGAAAUGUCCUCUGAUGAUUUGAGAGAUGAAAUGGUCACUUUUUUCUUAGCUGGACAUGACAAAUCUUUACGUCUUUAUCCAGCACUUGUUGAGACUCUUCCACGUCUCACCAAAAAAGAAUUGAGAUAUGGCCAAAUGAUAAUUCCAAAAAAUACUAUGGCAAGUGUUAAUAUUUGGGCUGUUCAUCGUGAUAAUAAUCUACAUGCUUGGAUGCCUUUCUCCGCCGGGCCAAGAAACUGUAUUGGACAAAAUUUCUCCUUAAUGGAACAACGUAUAAUAAUUUCAAUGUUAUGUAAGUAA